GUCGACAUCUCAAAGAUAUUUGUGAAGGGAUUGAGGCUUUACUUAUUAUCCACAAUAUUCUCAUCGACUUUGGUGAUGACGCGGAGGAUUUGGAGGAUUUUGAGGGGGAAGUGGAGUUACUGGGAGCACAGCAGCUAGUGAUAGUGUUCUACGUGCUGCAGGUUUAUUGA